AUGUCCAACAUCCAAGAAGUUGCCAUCAUCGGCUGUGGCUCCAUCGGAGCCUCCUGGGCAGCCCUCUUCCUCGCCCAGGGUCUCACCGUAUCAGCCUUCGACAUCAACCCAGCCGCCCAGAGGUUCCUAGAAAACAUCGUCUCGGACGCACUCCCCGUGUUGUCCUCGCUAGGCCUGCUCAAGAAGACCGAUGCCAAGCCCUCAGAUAUUCUAUUCACAACCACCUUGGAGGAUGCCAUAAAAGGCGCAGACUUCGUGCAGGAGAACGGGCCGGAGAGGCUCCAGUUCAAGCAGGAGCUAUUCGACAAGAUCGCACAGACAGUCGCAGAAGACACCAUCAUAGCGACAAGCAGCAGCGGCCUGACCUGCUCCAGCAUCCAGGACGGCAUGCUCGCAUCAUCACACCCAGAGCGCUGCGUGGUCGGCCACCCCUUCAACCCACCGCACCUGAUCCCGCUGGUCGAGGUCGUCGGCGGCCGGCAGACUUGCCGGGCGGUCAUCUCGAGGACGAUGCAGUUCUACGCGGAGGUGGGCAAGAGGCCGGUGGAGGUCAAGAAGGAGGUCGUGGGCCACGUGGCCAACCGGCUGCAGGCGGCGCUGGUGCGCGAGAUGAUGUACCUGCUGCAGGAGGACGUCGCCACCAUCUCGGACCUCGACACGGCCAUGAGCUUCGGGCCCGGGCUGCGGUGGGGCGUCAUGGGGCCCAACACGCUAUUUCACCUCGGCGGUGGGGAGGGCGGGAUCCAGCACAUGGCGGACCACCUCCUGGGCCCGCUGAUGAGCUGGUACGCGCCCAGGGACCCUGUUGUCGACGAUGAGCUGAAGAAGAAGUGGGUCGAUGGGACCAUGGAGGAGGUUAAUGGGAGGGAUUACCGCGAGUUGGCUAGGCAGCGUGAUGAGGAGCUGGUGAGGUUGUUGAAUGUUAGGCAGGAGUGGGAUGAUUUUGCGGAGAGGAAAAAUUCUGAGUAA